AUGGCCAAUAAGCGCAAGAAGAACCAAAAGUCCCGCCCAAAUACCCAUCACGACACCAGCGGCGGUGGUGGUCCCAGCAACUACAAUAAUAGUAAUAGCAACACCUACGACCAAACCCACCACCACAAGCGCCCACGCUACAAUAACAAUAACAAUAAUAACAGCACCUCCGAAACAGCACUUCCAUUGGAUGGUCCCCGUCACGGCUACAUCGACCCCCACACUGGUCAGCGCGGCGCGUUCCCGGGGCUGGAGGACGAUGACGGAGAGUUCUAUGGGCCGGCUAAUGACGGAAUGGACUAUCUGAAGAUGGUUAGAUCUGAAGCAAAGGGUGUUCCAUCGCUGCUCAUUGCCGGGCAGAAAAACGUAGUCGUGAAGCCACCCCCACGAGAACCGACAUUCGUAGAGGCAACCGACGAGCUUCCAUAUGACGACGGCGAUGCGCCCCUUAGCUAUGAUGACGACCAGCUUACAGAGAAGAAAGACGACGCCGACGCUGCCGGCUGGUAUCACGACGGCACCUAUACUGCUGCACCGCUGCCAACUCUCGCCGCCGAAGCCGCACCGCCUCCCCCCUGGCACAACUCCCUGCUCGCGCGCUUUACGGCGCUGCGUACUGCGUUCAUUAGGAACCCACCGCGGGCGUCACGGCCGCUCGUGGCCACGAACCUCAAGAUGUGGCGGCAGCGCCAGUACUGGAAUGUGCAUGCGGCAGGGACGAAGCCGACGGCAGGGGUUCUGGCCGGGCUAGACCAGCAAAUGACGUUGACGCUGCUGGAGUGGUUGACGGCCAUGCUGCGGUCAGGUCGGGGCGGGGGAAAGGGAGGGUUCGUGGGGGUUAAUAUGAAAGGGUACUGGGCAGAGUGGGUCUGGGGGUGUCUGGUUAGGCUGGAUGAGUGCCUAACUGCAGAUGAGAUCUAUGUUGUCAGGGAGCUCGGGAAGAAGUGCCUGAAGAUUAGGAAGGGCAUGAUUGAUAUGAAGGUAGGGUGGGACGAGGGUGGCCAUGGGGAUGAAGAGGAGGAGCCAGAGCAGGAUGAUGAGGAGCUCGAGAACGAGCCGGAAGAUGCGGAGGAGGCUGUCCAAGCUCAGGAGCAACCUGAGGAGGGCGAAUGCUCCUCUGACCCGGAACCUGUCUCCACCGUCCCUGCGGCCGCUACCCCAACUCCAAACCCCGCCGAGAUCUCACUCGACGACGACGAAGAAGCCCCCGCCUCUAACCCCGCCGAAAUUGCCAUUGACAACACCGCUAAUCCCGCUGCCGAAGAUACGGCUGUAUAUGAUCCUCCGAUCAAGAUCGAAGAGAUACCCCCCUCGCCUCCGCGCUCGCCAAAACCGUCGACAGAGGGCAUCAAGGAGCAUAGCUAUGCGGAUAUCAUUGGUGCGCUCGAUAUGAUCAUUAGUGUUGUCGGCGGCUUCUUUGGGCAGAGGGAUCUAUUGCUGGAGAGGGAGGCGCAGGGAAUGGCGGGCUGUUUUGCCGCUGCCUAG